UUAUGGUUUUCCUGAGAAGCUCCUUAGUGAUCAGGGUGCUGAUUUCGAAUCAAAAACCAUAAAAGAACUCUGUGAACUCAUUGGCAUGAGGAAAGUGCGCACAACCCCUUACCAUCCUAGGGGAAAUCCGGUUGAAAGAUUCAACCGCACUCUUCUUCAAAUGCUCGGAACACUUGAUAAGUCAGAUAAACUCCGCUGGAAAGACUUUGUCAAACCUCUGGUACAUGCUUAUAAUUGUACAAAGAGUGAUGUGACUGGAUUCUCCCCGUACGAAUUAAUGUUCGGGAGACAGCCCAGAUUACCCAUUGAUUUGAUUUUCAGAUUGCCCACCAAUGCUACUAAGCAGACUCAUUCUCAGUAUGUUGGCAAUUUAAAAUCUCGGUUGGAAGAAAGUUACCGUAUUGCUACUAGCAAGGCAGGGAAGAACGCAAGUCGCAAUAAAGCCAGAUUUGACCGGCGAGUGAUUGAAUCAACCUUGCAGACAGGAGACAGAGUUCUCGUACGAAAUGUGAAGCUGCGUGGAAAACAUAAAUUGGCAGACAAGUGGGAGGAGGAUGUUUAUAUUGUCCUCAAGCGAGCUGGAGAAAUGCCAGUUUACACAGUUAAACCAGAAAGUAAAGAUGGACCAGUGCGAACUCUGCACAGAGACUUGCUUCUGCCAUGUGGAUUCCUGUCAGUAGCUGCAGAAACUGAAACAGUCAAGCCUUGUCGAAACAGGAGGCCCAGAACAAGACAACGUCCAGUCGUCGAGAGUGAAGAGGAGAUCAUCUCAGAUUUGGAUGAUGUACCUGAUUGGACAUUCUUCCCUCAUGUUAUGUCAAAACCUGAUGCACAUGUCGUGGUGCCUGAAACUCACAAGUUGAGUGAGCCUCCUUGUGCAGUCCAACACUCAGCAGAAACAGAGGAGUCUGAAAAUUCCCUCUCACCUGAUGCUCCAACAACUCAAUCCCUUGUAAGAGAUGGAAGUACUGGAGAUAUUCAGGGUGCAUCAAGUGUCAACUCACCUGAAAAUGUCAACUCACCUGAAAGUGUCAACUCACCUGAACAAGACAGAUUAUCCGAAGCAAACGUUUCACCUGAACUGAACUCAGUAAACAGAUCCCCUCAGUGUUUCGAUUUGCAGCAAUCUGAAGAAACUCCUCCAGAUAAUGAGAUGAGCUCAGAUGCAGCAUGCAAUGAUGGGUUUUGUGAAGUAAAUGAACCUGUCACUGCCCAGCCUGAACCUUUAAAGUUUCAGACUGAUGGACUUCAAGAUGCUGAAACAUCUCUCCGUCGAUCUCAAAGAGUGCACACAAAGCCUAACAGAUUAGAUUAUGUAACACUAGGAAAUCCUCUGAUGAUGGUGGUGAAUUCUCUGUUCCAGGGUCUAAGUGAUGCAUUGACUAGCUCCUUGAAUGGUUUUGAGAAUGUAUCCCAUAAUUCCGUCAGGCAUCCUUAAGCUGUGUGACUCCAUGUCACAUUGCAGAUGCCCAGGGACGGGCAUACCCUUCAGAGGGGAGGGUGUAACCCACAUAAAGUGGGUAUGCCACUUUAAGAGAAGAGGUUAAGGAAGCUGGGUGGUCUGCCUGGCCAAUGAGAAGUUUAGUUUCCAGAGCGUCUGGACCAAUCAGGGUGCAGGCUGCCGUUGUGGAUCCCGCCCUUCUCCCCCGGGUCUGCAGUACCGUUGGUUUUGCUCUAGAGAUCCGACGCGGUGAGACUGCUGAGCGGGGCAGCGCCAGAAGCCGUUAGGAAUCGUUGGCUCUUUCUGGCAGUUAUUUCAGCUUGUUCUUCGUAGAUAAAAGGUAAAAUUUAGGCUUUAACAUAAUUUUAUUUUAUUAAGUUUAUAUUAUUUAGAUCAAAUAUGCCUUGUUACAUCGUUUAGUGCCCCACGCAUCCGGAUUGAGACCCACUCACUAUACGGUUGUCUGAAGUGUGUCGCACUGAGAUCGGUGAGCAUAUUCGGAGCCUUUUAUUUGUGUUUUUGUCGUUUGUUACAUUGUUGUUAAAAAAAUAUCCGUUGUUUUAGUAACUAGGUAAUGUUUUGUUACUGUGUUGGAAAGAAGGAUUAAAGCUAGAACGGCUUGGUAAAGUCCUGUAUUUCUGCUGGUCCUGUCUGUUGACAGGUCAGGUUUUUUUUUAUACUGGAUCAUUCCUGAAGAGGAUCCCUCCUUUGAUAUUGAUGGCGAGCCUUCCCACCUGGACCUGAAGAGAGAACCAGAUUUCGUCUAUCCCAUUUGGAGUCAUGCUGCACCCUGCGGUGUGGUAGGAGAGCAACAUACAUCUUCACACACGGUUAUGGGUGAAACCUACAACUGACAUUCUCCAUUAUUAUUGUUUUUUUUUAAUUUAUUGAUUUUUGGACAAUACUGUUUGGAUUGUUUUAUUUCGGACAUUGUGACGCACAGCUGUGGUGGAAAUUCUCCUGUGAAUGAAGUUGAAUCAAACCAAAUUGGGAUUAAUUUGAUUAAUCUGCUGACUAAUACAAUUUGGAGUGCAGAUUACCAGGGUGCACCCGAAUUAUUUGAAAUUAAGAAUUAGCACUUGGCCAAGUAUUAUUGUUAUUUCUUUUUUUUUAUUUUAUUGUGUGUAAUUUUAUUUUCAUAAUUGUGUGUUUUGUGCAACUGUUAAUUGUGUGUUUUCUGUCACUAAAACCAGUUCUUUAAAUACA